AUGAGCGGCCUCGUUUGGCUUCUGCUCGUCUGGCUUCUGCUCCAGGAUUUGGCGUCCGGAAUAAACCAUCGCGAGAACAUUCCCGUCGAGAUCAACACGAAUCAAGGCCGCCUGCUGGGCUACGAGUCGAUCUUCCUGCAUCGACGGGUUCGCUCUUUCCUCAGCGUGCCGUUCGCCGAACCGCCGGUGGGAGAUCUGCGCUUCAAGCCGCCACGCCACAAAAAGCCGUGGAAUGAGACCAGGAAGGCGAACAUACUGUCGCCGGCAUGUGCACAAGGACGGGAUACCUACAACGAGACCUUCUGGGGCUCGGAGAUGUGGAACGCCAACACGCCGAUCCAGGAGGACUGUUUAUACAUGAACAUAUGGCUGCCAGCUGAAUCUGCACAGUAAGUUUCAAGGCUUCGUAUAUAUACAUAGUAUUACUUUCUAGUGUAAGGUAAAAUUCUCCUACACUUAAUAUAGUCAUAGAAUCUAUAUCUUUCAUCAAUUUUUAUUAAAUGCCUAACUUAAAUAGUGCCAGUAAAAGUUGAUGACGUACCUAGUCUAUUUCAAUAUCCUGCUAUUUUCAGCAACCUGACAGUGAUGGUGUGGCUGUUCGGAGGCGGCUUCUAUUCUGGAAGUCCUUCGCUGAUAUUAUACGAUGGAAAAGCACUCGCUCUAACAGCAAACGUCAUCGUAGUCAAUUUGAACUACCGUGUAGGGCCUUUCGGAUACUUGUAUCUGGACGACGAUGACGCCCCGGGUAAUAUGGGUAUGCUUGACCAGGUAAGUGUCACUAAAUCAUUAACUAGCUAGUGAAAUAUUGUGAUCAAAGAUUCUGAGAGAAAUAUUCCAGGCAAUCUCAGUACUCUAUGAUAAUAUAUCUAUGUAGUGACCAAAUUUUGUCCAUAUUUACAUAACGCCUAACCCAGCAUUGCCAAAAACAUUAAAGUCCAAAACUUUAAACAUUCCAACCCUAAAUCCACAUUGUUUUCAGCAAAUGGCGCUGCAUUGGAUCAAGGAGAACAUCCACCACUUUGGAGGUAACCCCAACGCCAUUUGUCUGUUCGGCGAGAGUGCUGGUGCCUCUUCCAUCGUCGCACACUUGAUCGCCCCAGGCUCUCAAUACAUAUUCAACAAUGGCAUCCUUCAAUCCGGGUCUCUGGACAACUCCUGGAGUGUAGACACACCAGAGCGAGCCCUCAACAAGAGUAUCCAACUAGCCAAACUGGUCGGAUGUGCCGGUCCAACCACUCGCCACGUCCUGGACUGUCUCAAAGCCAAGGCCUUCAACGAUUUGGUCGCUCAGAUGUGGAACCUAGACCUCAAGUUCCUGGAGUUCCCGUUCGUCAUCGUGUCGCGAGAUCGUAACUUUUUCCGUGAAAAAGACGCGCUGAUCGCGCUACACAAAAAGGACUACCGUCAGGACGUGAACCUGAUGAUAGGCAUCAACCACGAUGAGGGCAACUACUGGAACAUCUACAAUCUGGCCAAGUUCUUCGACGUCCAGGAGCAGCCUCAGCUGACGGUGAACGAGUUCCAGGAAUCAGUCCAGACCGCCUUCAAGAGCCUACCUGAUGUGGUGAGGGAUGCGGUGACAUAUGCUUAUCUCGGUGACAAUCGAUGUGAAUAUCAGACAGGAAGACACAAGUUUCUGGCAGAACAGGUGAAUCAAAUGGUCGGGGACUACUUCUUCACUUGUGAUAGUAUAUGGCUGGCUGAUCAGUUGUCGAUGGGGCCGGGAAAUGUGUACAUCUACUACUUUGAUCAACAUUCCAGGUACGUUCAGCUUGUUUUCUUUAAUAUUUGAGUUUUGUAAUGUAAAUAGAAAAAUACUACUUAUUGUUAAUAGUGCUAUAUGUUUAAAUAGUACUAUAGCUUGAAACAGUUAAGACAACUUAAAAUCAUCAAAACUCUUUAGUGCUAACCCCUGGCCAUCAUGGACUGGCGUGAUGCAUGGAUAUGAGAUAGAAUACGUCUUCGGAGUACCUAUUUACAAUACGACCGCCGGCUACACUAACCGAGAACGGAUAUUGAGUCAGAAGAUGAUACAGUUCUGGACAUCUUUUGCUCAGACCGGGUAAGUGUCUAACUUCAUAUUAUUUGGCUAAGAAAGCUUUCUUUCUAUUAUAUUAUAGUAGGUUUAUAUCUUUAUAUUACUGAGUAGAAUGUUAAUAUCAUUGAGUAAAGGCUCCCAUAUCAAAAGUAUAUGAAGCUUUGAUAUGAGGAUCCUCAAUAUUAAUAUGUUCGGAGUAUGUUUUGUCUUCCUUUCAUCCUUUAUAUCGAGUUUUCCCCUUGAUCACACUUUCAAUUAUCCUCGAAAACAUUACCAUAACAUUGACAAAGUCAAAGUACACCCCUAACUCUAUCACACUUCCCGAAUCCUUGAUGAAUAAUUCUGAUAUUAUGCUUUCCAUGAACUUUCUACUCUCCCCAUUUCAUGCCUAAUAACCCUAUUCGGCGAAUGUAUGUUAUUACAUCAAGCUCCGAGAUUAUAUUAUCCUGUCCUGACUUCAGAGUUCCGACGCUGCGAACGAACAAAGAAACGGAAGAAUGGCCGCGCUACAACCCGAUUAACAACAAGAGAUGGAUGCAUCUCAAGGGUGGAUCUCACAUCAGGCCCAUACCCGCCUCGAAAGAGCGAGAGUGCAAGUUGUGGAGGGCGGAGCGGGAGCUGUCCUAUCACAAAUACUGUAAGUUGUCGCGGAAUUUCGUAAAAAAUGUGAAAAUCGGCAAAAAUCCAUUUUGUUGCACAGUGCAAUAUUAAACCUCAAGACACUAGCGCAGUUUCAAGACGGUAUAUCACAAUGUUACUGUAAAACACUCAUCCAAAAUGACACAUAAUAUACAGCUUAAACCCAAUAUACAGCUCAAGACCCAAAUAAUCAAAACAUUUUACAGUAAUCCCACUGAUCUCAAAAGCCAUACCCUCAGCCGUGAUGAGCCCCAUGAUUGUGAUAACAUCGCUACUCCUCGCAUUCGUACGACUAUAA